AUGGCCCUAUAUAAACGGCUCGAUACGCUACCAGACACGACAGAGAAUGGUACAGUUGCGGAUGAUGUCACGUGUUGGGAGAGCGUAGAUAAAGAGAUGUUUGAGGAUCAUCCUGUCAUACACUGGGAUCACAUUAUUUGGGUAGACAGGCACAAUGUCUUGCUGUUUGUUCAGGUUACAGUGGCUGUCAUUAGUCUGUCAGAGACUAUACUUGUACAGUAUCUUAGCUACAAGGGUAAUAUCUUGCAGCAGAUACUGUCGGUUGAGUUCAUUCUUGAAUUAUUCCUCACUGUUCCAUUUAUCAUCACUAUAUUCUGGGCUCCAUUACGUCGUCUUUUUAUUCCAGUGUUUCUCAAUUGCUGGUUGGCUAAACAAUCCAUGCAAAAUAUGUUUAAUGAUUUACAUCGUGUGAUGCAGAAAUCACAGUCUGCCCUUGCUCAACAACUUAUGAUUUUAUGUGCUACCCUUAUUUGCCUUGUUUUUAUCAGUGCCUGUGGUAUCCAACAUCUUCAGAGGGGAGGUAAUCGACAGCUGGACUUGUUUGAGGCCAUGUAUUUUACAAUAGUGACGCUGUCGACAGUGGGUUACGGAGAUAUACAUCCGGACAUCUGGCCUAGCCGACUGUGGAUGUUGUGUAUGAUUGUGGCUGCCUUGCUUGUUUUACCCACGCAG